ACUCAAUACUUGAAUUCGUCUUUUGACUGAAAUAAAGAUCAUCUCAUCAUGUCCGGAAGAGGCAAAGGCGGUAAAGGACUCGGGAAAGGAGGCGCUAAGCGUCAUCGUAAGGUGCUGCGCGAUAACAUCCAGGGAAUCACCAAACCCGCCAUUCGUCGUCUAGCUCGCCGCGGCGGAGUCAAGCGCAUCUCCGGUCUGAUCUACGAGGAGACCCGCGGUGUGCUGAAGGUGUUCCUGGAGAACGUGAUCCGCGACGCCGUCACCUACACCGAGCACGCCAAGAGAAAGACCGUCACUGCCAUGGACGUUGUGUACGCGCUGAAACGACAGGGACGCACCUUGUACGGCUUCGGAGGAUAAACCGCUUCAGAUCCGAGAACAAACCCAACGGCUCUUUUAAGAGCCACCCACACUCUCACUUAAAGAGAUUGCGUUGCUCAUUUUUGCUUUACAUCGAGAACUUUUCCUUAAAAUAAAAGAAGAAAUUUUAGCAUGAAA